ACAAUGAUAUGACUUUUGUACGACAAAAUUUUGUCCAUUGAUACAUCGCUUCCACUUUAAGGUCCUAACUUUUGUCCAUCCACAACGCCAACCCCCUCUAUGAAGUCAUCUCAUUGUCCAGCGCACAAUAGAAGUCUAGUCUCUGUAUAAUGAACCCAUAACUUCACUACUCUAUAGAACGAAAUCAUCACUUCACAUCUUCUAUUUCACCGAUCAAACUCAUCCAAAGCAAAAGGAAAUUUCGAGAGGCUGCAAACAAUGGGUGGCAACCGGGCUCUUGUCCGCAGUGAACCCGAACCCGAACCCUUGUCGGUUGCCCAUGUGCCGCCACUUGCCGCCUCCCACAACGACCGGAUCCGCCCGCUCCUCAAUGCAAUCAACAGGCUGCGAAACCUCAUGGUCAUGAAGGAGGGCAUACAGCUCCCCACCAUCGUCGUCGUCGGCGACCAGUCCUCCGGCAAGUCAAGUGUCCUCGAGUCCCUCGCCGGCAUCAACCUGCCGCGGGGCCAGGGCAUUUGCACGCGCGUCCCACUCAUCAUACAACUCCAAGACAACCUUCAAGCCGAUCGCCCCGAGCUCUACCUCGAGUUCAACGGAAAAAUCGUCCCCACCGACGAGGACAACAUCUCCAAGGCCAUUAAUGAUGCCACUGACGAGAUCGCGGGUCAUGGGAAGGGUGUCUCAAACGCACCGCUGACUCUGGUCAUCAAGAAACACGGCGUCCCGAACUUGACCAUGGUCGACUUGCCUGGAAUCACGAGGGUGCCCGUGCACGGUCAGCCCGAGAACAUCUACGAGCAGAUCUCGGAGAUGAUCAUGGAUUACAUAAGGCCUGAGGAGAGCAUCAUCCUCAAUGUCUUGUCCGCGACCGUUGACUUUUCCACUUGCGAGUCCAUAAGGAUGUCGCAAAUGGUGGACAUGACCGGCAAGAGAACUCUGGCCGUCAUCACAAAGGCUGAUAAAGCUCCGGAGGGCUUGCUCGAGAAGGUGGCGGCCGAUGAUGUCAAUAUAGGGCUCGGUUAUGUGUGUGUGAGGAACAGGAUUGGUGACGAGACCUAUGAAGAAGCGAGGCUGGAAGAGGCGAAGCUGUUCGACACGCACCCUCUGCUGUGCAAGAUUGACAAGUCCAUCGUUGGUGUGCCUGUCUUGGCACAAAAGCUGACGCAGAUUCAAGCCACCAUCAUGGCCAAGUAUUUGCCCGAGAUCGUCAUGAAGAUCGAUGACAAGCUGGACGCAAACGACGCCGAGCUUAAGAGGAUGCCCAAGAAUCUGGCCUCAGUCGAGGAUGCUUUGAUGGCCUUCAUGGAGAUCAUGGGGUCGGCGAAGGAGUCGCUGAGGAAAGUCUUGCUGAGAGGCGAGUUAGACGAGUACCAGGACGAGAAGGACAUGCAUUGCACUGCCAGGCUGGUGGAGAUGCUGAACCAAUACUACGGUGAGCUUAAAAACAGCACCGAGAACAACCUGAGGAGUAACUUCUUGUUGGAGGAAAUGGAGGUCUUGGAAGAGGUCAAAGGGAUCGGCCUCACGGACGUCCUCCCUCACACCGCCUUUCUCACCCUUUUGCAGCGCAAGGUGAAGGAGAUAUCGAGCAAGCUGCCGAGUCUUGUGGAUCGCGUAUGGGACUGCAUUGAGGGAGUUGUGAUUCGGGCGUUGAUGCGACACUCGGAGAAUUAUCCUCAGCUGCAGUCUUCGACGAGAAGAGCAGCGUCCAAUCUGAUCAACAAGAUGAAGGGGAAGACAAUGAACAGGAUGAUGAAGAUUGUUGAAAUGGAGAAGCUCACUGACUACACUUGCAACCCUGAGUACCUGUUGGAGCGGAACAAGUUGAUGACCCUGCAGGACAGGUUCGUGACACACUAUAAAAUCUCUAGCACCAUGAAACUCCAGGGGAUCGGGGACGUCGACGUGGCCCAUCUGCAUAAUCGCAACCAGCAGCUGAUUCAGCAGGCGUUCUAUCUGAAGGUGAGGAUGACCCAGUACUGGAAGAUUGUGCUGAGCAGGUUUGUCGACUCGGUGGCACUGCAUCUGCGGUUCAGCGUUCAGAACUUGGUGAACAACGAGAUGGAGAAGGAGAUUAGGCGCGAGCUGAGCGGGCCCGGCAUCAAGAGGAUGAUGGAGGAAACGCCGGAGGUGGCGGAGAAGCGCGAGAAGCUGAACAGGAGCAUAAAGCUGUUGAGGGAGUCUGCGGAGGUGUUGGCCAAGUUCAUGGACCGGAUUUCUACCGAUGGUGACUACAAUCACUAAUUAGUGGUGUUGUUCAGUUUUUUCUUUUUUCUUUUUGGCUUGCGAGGGAUUAUGUGAUGAAAAGACAUUCAUCAGCGUGUUCUUGUUUGGUUAGGUGGUUCUGUGUGGGACUCUACUGGACUUCAAAUAGCUUCCUAUGAUUAGUUCUUGAUGAUGUACUAGUUAAAAUUGGUUUUUGAAAUCUUAGAGGCCGUUUGGUUAAGUUUAUAUAUAAACAGUA